CACCUCCUCACAGCAGCACACCAUAAAUACCUCCGUUGUAUGGACCCAGUCCGCCCUAGAGGUGGCGUUUGGCAGCCCUCAACUCUCAUCAGCUUCUCACAGUCUCAGGUAAGUAGAGGAACGGAAGAAAAUGGAGAAGCAAGUGGUGGAUGUAGCCAGGGGAGCCUUCAACUCGGGGCGGUCGAGACCCCUGCAGUACAGAAAACAGCAGCUCAGAGCCUUACUGAGACUCAUCAGGGAGCGCCAGGCAGACAUAGCCGCAGCUCUCAAACAGGACCUCAACAGGAGUGAGUUUGAUACGCCACUUUUAGAGUUGAUUGGACUUGAGAAAGAUAUCAAGCUGGCUGAAAGCAAACUCUCUGACUGGACGAGUCCUCAGCCUGUUGAGAAGAAUCUGCUCACCAUAAGCGAUGACGUUUAUAUUCAAGCUGAACCAUUGGGUGUAGUGCUGAUCAUUGGAGCCUGGAACUAUCCCUGGGCUCUUACGUUACAGCCCCUUGUUGGAGCCAUUGCAGCAGGUAACGCCGCUGUGGUGAAGCCCUCAGAACUGAGCAAGAACUCGGCCAGUCUACUGAAAGAACUGCUACCUCAGUAUUUGGAUAAGGAGAUGUACCCUGUGGUGAAUGGAGGUGUUCCAGAGACCCAGGAGCUGCUGAGGCAGCGUUUUGACCACAUCUUCUACACAGGGAGCAGCACAGUGGGCAAAGUGGUUAUGGAAGCAGCUGCACGUCACCUCACACCAGUGACUCUGGAACUUGGAGGAAAAAGUCCCUGUUACAUUGAUAAGGACUGUGACAUUGCAGUUGCUUGCCGCCGAAUCACAUGGGGGAAGUUUACCAAUUGUGGUCAGACAUGCAUUGCACCAGACUACAUCCUCUGUCAUCCUAGCAUCCAGAACAGAGUCAUUGAAGAGAUUCGUCUGACGUUACUGGAGUUCUACGGUGAGGACCCUAAAACCUCUCCAGAUUAUAGCCGCAUCAUCAACCAGCAUCACUUUGAGCGCGUUCUGGCCCUAAUGGAGGGAUGCACAGUGGCUGUUGGGGGCGAAAGUGAUAAAACACUGUGUUAUAUCGCCCCUACUAUUCUUAAGGAUGUUUUGCCUCAUGCCAGGGUAAUGCAGGAAGAAAUCUUUGGACCUGUUCUACCGAUAAUAACAGUCAGUGAUGUCAGUGAGGUCAUUCGCUUCAUCAACGAGAGAGAGAAACCCUUGGCCCUUUAUGUUUUCUCUUCUGAUAAGAGGGUGAUCAAGCGAAUGCUGAGUGAGACAACCAGUGGAGGAGUGGUGGUUAAUGAUGUUAUAAUGCACUACACAGUCAGCUCCUUACCCUUCGGGGGUGUAGGAAACAGUGGGAUGGGGAAAUACCAUGGGAAGCACACCUUUGACCAGUUAAGCCACCACCGUGCUUGCCUCAUUAAGUCUUUAGCAAUGGAGAGUCUGAACAAAGCCCGUUACCCUCCACUAACUCCGUCCCGCCUGCACAGGGCCAGGUGCUUCAUGCUGAGCCGUUUGUGCAGCUGCGCCCAGGCCACCUGCGCCUGGGCCGUCAUCGCUACCAUUCUGGCUCUGGGUUUGCUGAUUGCCUUACUGGUAGUCCUACUUAAGGAUCCUGUGGCAUGAAGAUCCUACCAGAAAAUAUACACAUUGAAGUGCUAGGCAUUGUACUUGAACAAAAUUGAACAAAAUCUCUAUUGUUAAAGAUGUGCCAAAAGCUAUUUUCUUAUAAUAUGUAAUGUAUUUUAAUAUAUCGUCUACUGUUUGUUUUCCAUUUAAAUAUCUAAUAGAUUUGUGUGCAGUACUUGUUGUCUAUAUGUAGUUAUGUUGCUGUAAGGUGUAUUCUGCUGCGGACAUCCCACUUGCACAGGCGCUGAUACAAAAUCCAUUUCUGUGGGCACUGUAGCAGUAGAACACAUACUGAAUACUGGAUUGUCAGCAUUAUCCUUGUUUUCUACAAAUAGCAAAGAGUUCUUUGUGCUGCCGCUUUUUCAGAUAAGCUGGUUUUACUGUUCACUGAAGCAAGUGACAAAGACCUUGUUGCUGUGCUGUAUAGUUUUGUGUGCCAACUGGACCAGACAUUUUCCAGAAGCAGACUUUGGUAUGAUUAAAUAAUAACAAAAAUAAUCCACCAGGUGUCGUCGUAUUGCUACAGUGGAAUGCCCUGUUAUCACGUAAAAUAGUCAGUGCAUCCCUUCUUAUCUGCAGCAGGGGGUGCUGCCAUACUAGUUUACGUUUUAAUGUCUUCAUAGACACUUCACAUCAGUUUAACACAAAAAAUUCAGCAUAAACGAACAACUUCUACGUUCACAAUUAUGCAGUACUCUGCACAAAUUAGUGACCACCCUUUAUUUCAUUUCAAUCACCAAGUUCAGUCUUCAGGAUUCUCACGAUCCAAAAAUCCCAAACAGCUUCAGUGGUGUUGAGUUCUGGACUUUGAGGUGGUCAGUCCAUUGUUCUGAGAACUCCAGCAGCUUCUUUGAUUUCUUUUUUGUCUAUUUUCUCAGUAACAGAUUCUUAAUAUCUACACAUCCUUUCAGACCCAUAGUGUUGAGUUGUCUUCUCACAGUGGAAGGAUGGACAGAAACACCUGUGGAAUUUUUUCAGGUUUAAGACAAAUGUGGAGCUUGGGUUUUCUCCUCUCUCUCAAAGAUGAAGGUUUCAUGUAGUGUUUAUCUAAUGCUUUCAGUUUUAAUGGUCUACCAGGUCUUGUUGGCAUAGUUGCUCAGAUUACCAAUUUUACUCUGUCUUUAAAUAAAUCACAACUCCAGUUGUGGAAA